GCGGUCGCAGAGGCCAGUUUUAGUGGACGCGUUCCCCCCGCUGGAGUUACACGGUCGUGAUUUACAGGCGCGAGAUGCAAACAGUUUCCUUGACUUGAAUCUCUCCAUCCAUGUUACAUGACAUGACAUGGCAUAGAUCGGUUCGUUUGGUUCGAACUUGGAUUUCACUUUGAUCGAUACUGCUCCGGUUCCGUUUUCAACUCGGGAAAAAAUGGCACCGCCUCGCAAACGCCGCAGGGCGCCUACGAACCCCAUCGAGGCGGCGAACCGCAAGCCAGACGACCAGUUCAUCAAGGACCACCUGCGCCCAAGCCCGGACUGGACAUCAUGGACGCACCCCGCGAGCGGCAAGCCCUACGCCCUCUCGCUCAAGUCGGCGCCGGCGCUCGCCCAGCACGAGCUGCAGGCCUGCUUCGAUCUCAUCGAGCGCACCAGCGGGGCCGACUACCGGGCCUCCAGGGACGGGUGGAGGCCGCUGGCCAAGCUGAAGGAGAUGAGGAGCCCCGAGCUGCGCUACAUCCUCGUCAAGGAAGCCCCGGCGGCGGCGGCGGCGGACGGUGGUGGCCAUGGCGAGAAGGCGACCGGGGAAGAAGGAGGCAGGAUAUGCGGCUUCACGAGCCUAAUGCCGACCUUCGAGGAGGGCGAGGCCGUGGUCUACUGCUACGAGAUCCACCUCGUGGAAGAGCUGAGAGGAACCGGCAUGGGGCGCGGGCUCAUGGACCACCUCGUCCGGGUGGCGAAGAGCAUCCCCGGCGUCGAAAAGGUGAUGCUGACGUGCUUCGUCGCCAACGCCGGCGCGCGCGCCUUCUACGAGCGGCUCGGGUUCGAGAGGGACGCCAUAUCGCCGCCCGAGCGGACGCUGCGGUCCGGCACCGUAUUCGUACCGGACUAUCUCAUCAUGAGCAGGAGGGUGGUGCGCGGCGGGCCUGCGAGGACGGACGGGCAGGCUCCGGCGGCGGCGGCGGCGCACGCUGGGGACGGCGAGGAGACGGGGGAUGGGAAAGUGUGAUGUGGCAUGAUGGGAGUUUAUGAUCAUAUACCCUGCAGACAGACGGGCAUCGAGAGCGUUAUCAUUUUUUGUAUCCCUCUGCACAACGAAGCAAAGGAUCUCGUGGGUCGGUGAUGACUCUAGAGGCAUGAGAUUCGACAUCGCUGCAGUCAUGCCCGACUAUUUCCCGCCGUCCCCAUGAGGGAGCGUUCGAAAACCUGCUCUCGAUGGUGGUUCGUCCGACUGGAUGAGCUAGAGGGAGUUUGGCCGAACAAAGCCAAAACAUAAAAAAUAGUGAGGCUGAGGUGCAUGCUACUUACUAUUUUGGGCUCAUGCAGUCAGGCCCACAACUCU